GUAAUUUCCAGGAACUAAAACAACCUCUGCAGGUAAUCUACAAUGCUAUCCCAAUGAAAGUACACUCUCAUCUGCUAAGAACUACAAACUUUUUAAACAACAAUUAAUAAUGAUAAUGAUAUAGAGCCAUUUUGUUUUACUGUGAGCUCCAACAUCAAUUGUAACUGCCCUCUCAAAAUGGAUGAAGUCGAGAUUGCAGAACAAGGGAAUAAACAUAAUAUUAUUGAACUAGACCAGAAUUUUGGCAAGGAACUUGCCAUUCCAACCUGUAAAUUAGAUAGUGAACCAGAUGACAUAAAAAUUGGAGCCAAUAAUGUUAGUCCAAUUUCUCUCACAUAUGAGCCGGAUUUUGAUGACGAUAAUCAUAUAACCUGUUGUAAUCGACUGUUGACAACAACAUCAGCAAAUAGAAAGAAAAAACAAAUCACUUAAUGGCAAUUUAAAAAUAAUAAACUUUUAUCCAAUGGAGCAAUCUAAUAUUUUCUUAAAUACUGAUCCAUUAUUAACGCCGGGUACAAUACAACAAAAUGGAAUUACUCAACAGUCACCAAACAACGAUAAUAUCAACCAUUGCACUACAUUAAUGUUGGACUCAGAUUUAGAUUCUAAGCAGCAAGACGUUCAAUUACCGAAAUGGAACUCCAUUUACAAAGGGAAUCAACCGACUGAUGAGUUGGUACAUGAUGUGGAGAGGCAAAUUAUGCCGUGCAAAAAUGCAACUGCUUUAACGAAUUUUGAUAAGUUUGUCGAUGAAGACAUCAUUUUAGAAAACUGUAAAGAAGCAUUACCAUCACCAGUAAUCGCAUCAACCCAUAUAUCAGAAGCUUUUAGAAAUUCACAGAAUAGUCCAUUGCUGAAGUUGACACGAGAGCAAUUUUCAUUAACAACUGGAGUACAUGUUCAUAAAACAUAUGAGAAGGAGAGUACCGUUACUGAAAUAAUUCGAAACCUUCAACUAAUUCGAAGUCACUUGAUAAGCCAGACUCAAAUCGACACCAUGACCGAUAUUGAGGCAUUAGGUAUUCAGCAGCAGCAACAACAACAGUUGCAGAAAGUACAGCGUCUGCACCAAGAAAAUUAUAUACAAGAGCUGCACGAUCAACUGAGCGCACAGUUUGGAACCGGACGAUUUGAUGGGAUUAGUGGGGUCCUUUGUCAACAGCAGUUGCAGAUGCAGUCCCCACAGCAAUCUCCGCGUUUGCAAUUGCAAUUGCAGCAACAUCUUCACAAUGAUGGUGUAUCCGACACAAUGAGCAAUAAUUUAGUGCCGUUUCUUCCAUUCCUGCGUGCAUCUGCAAUACCUCCAACAUGUAUGGUUCCCGCUGGUCAAGGUCAUGUGAGUCAGCAACAACAGCAUAUUCAUAGUCAUAAUAAUCAUAAUUAUAUUCAUGCUCACAACAUCUCAAUGCAGCCUAUGUGGCCCACAGCAGCAGUUGCAGCGGCUCACAUUCAAGCUGCUUUAGCCGUAGCAGCAGUGGCAGUUACAAACAAGAAUAGUAGUAGCAACAAUAAUGACAUUAAUACUGAUGACGAUAACAACAUUAAAAGAAACAAUAAAGCCAUAUCCCGAAAUGCAAUUGAUACGACUGAUUGUUCUAUUGAAGAACCUGAAAUUAUAACCGCAAGUCAUGAAAUUGAGGUGAGAUCUUCAAGAGCAGAAUCACCAACCAUAUUGUCGUACAAUGACCACACUCCACCGGACUCACCGCAAGCAAGUGGACGCCUUUUGGUUAGAUGCCAAAAUAUUCGAUCGGAAGACAGCUCAAUCGCAAUACAUUUUCCAACAUCGUCGGCCGAAGAUGUAAGCAAGUCGAAACGGCUUCAAGGACAUGCAUCUGAAAUGGAUGCACCUCUGAAUUUAUCGAAACCUAAAGGUUCUCGUGGUUCUUCUCCGAUUACAUCAUCUUGCCCAAAGGAUGUACGAGAUCGCUUGACACCAAUUGUUCCCAGCCCACCAUUAAACUGGCAACAAAUGGCAACCACGGCAUCUUCAAUCCCAGUUAACGCUCACGUUCCAAUCACGUCCCUACAGCACCAGCCGUCCCCAUUAUUUGCUGAUGUCGAAGCAAGUUUCUUGCAGUCUCGAGGACGGUUGUGGAAUCCGAAUAAUGCUGGCAUUGGCGAUUUAUGUAAUCCAAAAUUGUCUAGUAGCAGCACUCGAGUUGGAAGCUCGCGAUCGGGCAGAGCCAGUCGCGAUUCAAUCAACAGCUGCGGGACAAGUUCAGAGCGAUCAACUAUAUUAGAUCCAGAUUGUCUGGGUCAUAGCCAUCAGACGUCAGCAGCUUCGCAGCCUCAGUCUCAACGGCAGCACGUUCACCAUAAGCCACAUAUCAAGCGUCCAAUGAACGCAUUCAUGGUUUGGGCAAAAGACGAGCGCAGAAAGAUACUAAAAGCCUGUCCCGACAUGCACAACUCAAAUAUAUCAAAGAUUUUGGGUGCUCGAUGGAAAGCAAUGUCAAACGCUGAUAAGCAACCCUACUAUGAGGAGCAAUCGCGUCUAUCGAAACUGCAUAUGGAACAGCAUCCCGACUAUCGUUAUAGACCGCGUCCAAAACGCACCUGCAUUGUCGAUGGUAAAAAGAUGCGCAUAUCCGAGUACAAAGUUUUAAUGCGAAAUCGCCGUGCUGAGAUGCGUCAACUCUGGUGCCGUGGUGGCGGACCGAGCUCGUCAUCGAAUGAGUUGUCUGCAUCGGAAGGUGUAGUACAAGCAGCAGCGGCUGCUGCAGCAGCGGCUGCUGCCUAUCAUUUGAAGGAAAUGGACCAGACCGAUGGUGCUACACCAACGACGAGUCUUCCAAUAAACGGGCCAAAUGCUAGCUAUCAUUACCCAGCCGAAAGUUUGUCGCCGUCUGGCUUUUCAUCCGAGGAUAUGGAAAUUUCAUCGAUGCGUGACGUUGACGACUAAGUAAUUAGUUCAGAAAUUUAAAAUAUAGCAAAGAGUUCCAUUGUCGGAUAUAACAUAUUUUGUAUAACAUAUUCAAGGCUAAUGUAUAUAAAAGGUUAAGAGCUAUCGAUAGUUGUCAAAAUCAACAAGUUUGCCGUAUAGAAAUAUUAGAAAUUACGACUUCCACUACA